UGUUGCAGACUUUUUUUUAUGACUCGGAGCCGUUCACGUUUUUUUGUUUCUUCUGCUGCUACCUUUUCCCCAUCCUUGUUCAUUGCUCAUUGCUCACUGUCCUCACUGUCCCUGCAACCUCUCUGCAACAACACUUACUCAAAACUUUCAGGUUUCCCUUGAUGGCUUCGAUUUGAUGACUCCUACCUACCCUCAUUGCCUCUAACAAGGGUCUUGUCCCUUUCCUAACAACAACCUUUCCCAGCAUUCAACUUGGGUUUGUUUUGUUUGAAUUUCUUCAACUGGGUCUUUUGGUUUUCUCAAUGUUGUUAUAAAAAUAGAGUCUUUUCUGUGAAUGGUUUGUGAGAAAUGGGUGCUGCGAACUCCAGAGCUGAAAAGAAUGAAGCUUUGAGGCUUUGUAGGGAGAGAAAGCGGUUUAUCAAGGUGGCUGUUGAUUCUAGAUAUGAUUUAGCUGCUGCACAUGUUUCUUACAUUCAGUCUCUUCGGAAUGUUGGUGUUGCUCUCAGAAGGUAUGCGGAGGGUGAGGUGGUGGUAGAGUCUUCUUUGUCAAUUUCUGACAAAACCCCUUCUCAAACUAGCUACCCUUCUCCUUCAUCACCUUUACAUGUUGCUGAGGUUGAGGUUUUGGAGUCACCUUUGCAUUUUGAGAGUCCUAUAUCACCUCCUGUGGCUACUGUUAACUACAUGAGAUCAGGAGGGAGUGUUCCUGUCACUGUUAAGAUUGAUGUUUGUGGUGACAAUGAGAACUAUUUAGAUGCUGAGUCCACUGUGCUCCCUAUGUCUCCACCACCACCACCUCCUCCUGAUUCAGGUGCAUCUUGGGAUUUCUUUGAGCCUGGGGAGGAUAGUGAGAGUUUCAGGUUUGCAGUGCAUGGUAGUGACUUCAGAGAGUGCAGAGAUGAAGAAAAUGCCGGUUCAACUGGGGCGGAAGCAACACGGAAUCAAUGGUUACCGAAUGGCUCAGAUGAAAAGUUCAAUGGAAUCUUCAGCAGUGCUGCAAUAGGAAAUGAGCAUCGCGGUUCUAAUAAUGUACAUGGUAUUGAUCAUUCAAUUGUUUCAAGAGGAGGUGAAGGUUUCAGACAAUUGGUUGGUGGAGGUGCGAGGCGGCAAGAGUCACUUGCAGGUGACAUGAACCAGAAUGUUGGUGACAAGGGUGGUGUUGGAAGAUCUAGUUCAAAGAGGGGGGAGAACAUGGCUGGGAAAAAUGUGUGUGCAGAAAGAGAAGAUCCUUCAGAGUUCAUCACCCACAGAGCUAAAGAUUUUCUCUCCAGCAUAAAGGAUAUAGAGCAUCGGUUCAUUCGUGCUUCGGAAUCUGGUAAGGAAGUCUCGAGGCUGUUGGAGGCAAAUAAAAUCAAGGUUGGAUAUUCUGAGGCAAAAGGUAAGUUAUCUGCCAUGGAUUUGUUCACGGCUUUCCAGCCUGUUGUUUGCUGUGGUAGAAAGCCUUCACCCGUAUUUCAGGAACCUCCACAAAAAAUUAUUAGUUGGAAAAGAACAACAUCUUCUCGAUCAUCCUCAUCUAGGAACGCUUUGGCUGCAAAACCAAAGGACGAUAUUAGUGAGAGUGGAAGUGAUUUUGUUGAAGACUUCUGCAUGAUUGCUGGAAGCCAUUCAUCCACCCUUGAUAGACUGUAUGCAUGGGAGCGAAAGCUCUAUGAUGAAGUAAAGGCUAGUGACUCCAUCAGGAAGGACUAUGAUCGAAAAUGCCACCAGCUCAGGCAUCAAUUUGCAAAAGAUCAAGGCACUAAAGUGAUUGAUAAGACCAGGUCAACUGUGAAGGAUCUGCAUUCGCGAAUAAGGGUGGCUAUUUAUUCAGUUGAUUCAAUAUCUAAAAGAAUUGAGAGAAUGAGGGAUGAAGAGUUGUACCCACAACUUUUUGAAUUUACAGAGGGAUUGGUCAGGAUGUGGAAGGCUAUGCUUGAAUGUCAUCAUGCACAGUACAUCACCAUCUCCUUGGCAUAUCAUUCAAGGAGCUCAACAGGAACCUUGAAAGGAGAUGUGCGCCGAGAAACAAUGUCUCUGCUGCUAGAAGAAAUUGAGUUCUUUGGUCUGAGUUUCGCGAACUGGAUUAACAGCCACACCUCAUAUGUGGAAGCUCUCAAUGGGUGGCUGCAAAACUGUAUAUUGCUGCCAAGGGAGCGUACCAAGAGCAGAAGACCAUUCUCCCCUCGCCGAGCUGUGGCGCCGCCUAUAUUUGUUCUCUGUCGUGAUUGGUCUGCUGGGAUCAAGGCCUUACCCUCUGAGGAACUGAGUCAGGCAAUCAGAAACUUUUUGUCUGAUCUUCACCAUCUGAUGGAGCAGCAAAACGAUGAGCUUCUUAAGAAACAGAAUUCAGCUCAAGCAAGCACAGCAGAAGCCGAGAGCAAUACUAAAGAAGACAAUGAAGAUGAGUCUGCGAACUUGUCCUGCAUACAUGCAAGUUUAACCAAGGUUCUUGAUCGACUGACCAAAUUUUCUGAAGCAUCAUUGAAGAUGUAUGAAGAUAUCAGGCAAAAAAGUGAAGCAGCUAGAACUGCAUAUCAUAAUUUCAGAAGGGCUGAAAAACAUUAAUUCUCAGAAUUCCGGCUUUCUGCCUUUUCAUGCCUUGAAUGAAAAACGCCAAAAACAAACUAUUAACAUAUUGUCCUCUUCAAUGUUGGUAAAAGAAAUUUGUAAAUGAUUGUCAGCUCCAUAUUAUAAUGACUUGGAAAGAAGUAUCGUGUUUGUGGUAGAACUAGAGCAUGUUUGGAUUAACUUUUAUUUUAAUUAAAAUCAAUUUUGAAAUGCAGAAGUUACUCAAAGAAGUUUCUCCCAUAAUUAAUUCUGGAUUCAAAAUUAAUUGUAGACAGGUUUCCGACUAUGCACUAGACUAGAAUGGUUGUUUGGG